GUUUGAAGAGGCUGUUAAGUUGUUAUCACAAUUUCGUGAAAACUUAUUAGAUUCACCAAAUUCAAAUCCUCCAAACUUCUUAAUAUUCAAAACUGCUCUCAGACUUAGUAGAGUAAAUCUGAAAAAAUUGGGACACAUAAACCAAUAUAUUGAACUAAUAAAAAACAACCCCAAAGAACUUGGGGAAUCAUUGGGAACUGUUAUUUGGCAUUCAAGACCUGAAAUACAUGAAAAAAAAAAGAAUUAG